AUGAAAUUAACUAUUUUAUUUAUAUUUAUCGGGUCAAGCUUUGCGUACAGAAAUGAUUUAUCCGUUCACUCGUUAGCGCUUGGAUCACAAUCAACAUUAUACUGGAGAGUUGAUCCAACAAAGGAGAUGAUACAAUUUGAAAUUCAUUAUACGGGUAAACAAAGUGGAUGGUUUGCAGUAGGAUUUUCAAAUCGUGGAGAAUUAACACUUGCUGAUUAUUGUGUUUUGUGGAUUGAUUGGCAUCUCAAAGUUCACUUUGAAGAUGCAUGGGCAAAUAAUAAAGGAAUCAUUGAAGUUGACAGCUAUCAAGAUUGCAAUGAUUUUGCUUGGAAGCGAUCAAUUCUCAGUAAUAUGACUAAGUUUUCUUUUACUCGUAAAUUAGACACAUGCGAUGAACGUGAUUAUAUUAUUGAGAAAGGAACCACUCACAUUGUUUGGUCUAAAGGUACCGGACCACUUUCAAAUCUCAAUGGAUUAAAUAUUAUAACCAACGCAAUUUCUUUGGGAAUGUCACGGACUGAAUUACUUCGUACAGUAUCUGAUAAACCGCCCGAAUUUCCCUCAGAUACUUGGAAGUAUCAAUUACUAACUGAUCAUGUAAAUGUUCCUCAAGUUGAGACAACUUAUUGGUGCAGAGUUGAAAAACUUCCGGAAGCUCUAAGACAAAAGCACCAUGUUUUACAAUUUGGACCAGUUAUACAACCUGGCAAUGAACAUCUAGUCCAUCACAUGGAAGUAUUUCACUGUGCUGGACCAUCUGAAGCUGAUAUACCUCUGUAUAAUGGUCCUUGUGAUGCUGCUGAUCGUCCUCAAACAACUCAGAUUUGUAAAAAAGUAUUAGCCGCAUGGGCAAUGGGCGCUGAUGCAUUCGUGUAUCCCAAAGAAGCUGGUCUCUCAGUCGGCGGUAAAUUAUUCAAUCAGUAUAUUAUGCUCGAGGUGCAUUACAAUAAUCCAGAGCGUAUUAAAAAUAAAGUCGACUCUUCGGGGAUUGAAUUUUAUUUUACUAAAACUCUGAGGAAGUAUGACGCAGGGGUGAUUGAACUUGGUCUUGAGUAUACUGAUAAAAUGGCAAUACCACCUCAUCAAGAAUUAUUUGAAUUAUCUGGACACUGUGUAACAGAGUGUACUGGUAUUGGGUUACCACAAAAUGGUAUUUAUGUAUUUGGAUCACAAUUACAUACUCAUCUUACUGGUACCACUGUACGUACACGACAUAUUCGUAAUGGUAAUGAAUUAUCACCGCUUAAUUAUGAUAAUCAUUAUUCAACUCAUUUUCAAGAAAUAAGAUUACUUCCUGAGCCAGUACAUAUUUUACCGGGUGAUUCAUUAAUAACAACUUGUACUUAUAAUACAAUGGAAAGAAAUAAUGUUACACUAGGUGGUUUUGCUAUUUCCGAUGAAAUGUGCGUCAAUUACAUCCAUUACUACCCAAAUACAAGAUUAGAAGUUUGUAAAAGCGCAAUAAGUGAUGAUGCAUUACGAACUUACUUUAGAUACAUGCGAGAAUGGGAAAAUCAAGAUACAGAUUUUGACACCGCUGUAUCAAUAAGCUAUCAAAAUAUUGAAUGGACCAAAUUACGAGUUGCAGCUUUGCACGAUCUCUAUCAAGCAGCACCACUUGGUAUGCAGUGCAAUGGAUCUGACGGUUCUCGGUUACCAGGGCUUUGGAAUAAUGUUGCUGCUACUCAAGUUAAAUUACCGCUUGCUCCUCCCGCAAGAGAUUGCCAUUUAAUUAAUCAAUAA